AUGGGAAGUGGAGUCUCGAGCCUCUCCUCUUGCUUCCGGCCGGUUCACCGGACCAACCACCACCACCCAGACCACAACGACGUCGUCUUCGCGGCCUCUGAGCCGUUGGACGAAACCCUAGGCCACUCUUUCUGCUACGUCCGCUCCUCAGCUCGCUUCCUCUCACCUACUCAGUCGGAUCGCUUCAUUUCCCCUUCCAACUCGCUCCGGUUCUCUCCCUCUCACGAGCCGGGCGCGAGGACCCGACCCGGCCUGCACGAGACCGGGUUCAAAGCCAUAUCUGGGGCUUCCGUGAGUGCUAAUAGCUCCACUCCCAGAACUGUCCUCCAGCUUGACAAUAUUUACGACGAUGCCACUGACAGUGUUCUCGGUGGUUUCGGAGGUGGAGUCCGGGGGAGCAUAGUCAAUGGUUUCGAGAGUACGUCGUCGUUUAGCGCCUUGCCUCUUCAGCCCGUGCCACGUGGCGGCGAGCGCGACCCCUCGGGCCCAAUGGAGCGGGCUGGGUUCUUCCUCUCCGGUCCAAUAGAGCGCGGCGCCCUCUCCGGUCCGCUCGACCCGAACCCGAACGCGCAUGGACCGGACGGCCAGGUUCACUUCUCGGCGCCGCUCGGUGGCCUUUACGUGAAAAAGAGGCGGAAGAAGGGCAUUUCGGGGAUUCGGAAGGCGUUGUACCGGAACUUCUCGGAGAAGAAGCAGCGGCCCUGGGUGGUUCCGGUGCUCAAUUUCGUUGGACGGAAGGAGGGCCCACCGCCGCCCGGGGACGAGGCGGAGCCCAAGAUUGAGACCAAUGUCCAGUGGGCUCUUGGAAAAGCGGGGGAGGAUCGCGUACAUGUGGUUGUAUCGGAAGAACAAGGUUGGUUGUUUGUUGGGAUUUACGAUGGGUUUAACGGACCUGAUGCGCCGGAAUUUUUGAUGGGCAAUCUCUACCGUGCAUUUUACAACGAGCUUCAGGGAUUGUUUUGGGAGGUUGAUGAAGAUGAUCAAGCCCCAGGAGCCGAAGAAGCCAAUAACACUAACCCACCAAAUGUAGCUACAGAGAGUGAAGUUGUUGUAGAUGUUAAAAUUGAUGGAAAUGAUUCGAAUUCGAACCCCUUGGCUGAAGCUGAUCGGACAAAGAGAGUGACCUUUCAAUCGGAGGGUAGGAGGCGGCGGCUUUGGGAAUUGCUAGCUGAGGCUGAGGCUGAAGACGGGCUUGACCUUUCGGGUUCUGAGAGGUUUGCUUUUUCUGUCGAUGACGCACUUACAGUGAGCAAUGAGGGUUCUGGUUCUGCAGUUAGUAGACGCUGGCUUUUGCUGUCAAAAUUGAAACAGGGAUUGUCCAAGCACAAAGAGGGUCAGGGUCAUGGUAGGAAGUUGUUUCCAUGGAGGUUUGGUUUGGAGGAUAAAGAGGAGGUUGAGGUUGAGAAUACAGUCGAGGAGAGGUCUGCUCCAACUGGUAGGAGGAGGAAGGAGGGUCCGGUGGAUCACGAAUUGGUAUUGAGUGCAUUGUCAAGGGCUUUACAAGUGACUGAGAAUGCUUAUUUGGAGAUGACUGAUAAGGUUCUUGAUACGAAUCCGGAACUUGCUUUGAUGGGGUCGUGUUUGUUGGUUGUGCUAAUGAGGGAUGAGGAUGUGUAUGUGAUGAAUUUAGGGGAUAGUCGGGCAAUUGUUGCUCAUUAUGAGCCUGAAGAAGGUGGUUCAAGCAUGGAAUCAAGAGGGCACAAGGAUAAUGGGUUGAGCGCUGAGGAUAUAACUGAGUCGUCCUCGGCUGUGGCCAAUGAGGCUCCUACUCAGGCAAUGAAAUUAACCGCACUGCAGCUGUCCACCGAUCACAGCACGAGCAUUGAAGAAGAAGUAAUAAGAAUCAAGAAUGAACACCCAGAUGACAAACAUUGUAUUGUCAAUGAUAGAGUGAAAGGUCGUCUUAAAGUUACCAGAGCAUUUGGGGCAGGAUUUCUGAAACAGCCCAAGUGGAAUGACACAUUGUUGGAAAUGUUUCGAAAUGAGUACAUUGGUACCACACCAUACAUAUCAUGUUUGCCUUCUCUCCGCCACCAUAGACUCUGUCCUAGUGAUCAGUUCUUAAUACUCUCGUCGGACGGUUUGUAUCAGUAUUUUAGCAAUCAGGAAGUAGUUUCUCAUGUGGAAAAUUUUAUGGAGAAGUUCCCAGAUGGAGACCCUGCACAACACCUGAUAGAGGAGCUUCUUUUCCGUGCUGCAAAGAAAGCUGGAAUGGAUUUCCAUGAAUUACUGGACAUCCCACAAGGAGACCGCAGGAAGUACCAUGACGAUGUCACCGUUAUGGUUAUAUCGCUUGAAGGAAGAAUUUGGAAGUCAUCAGGAAAGUACCUUUGA